AUGGAGAUCAACGGAGAAAUGAGGGUGAAACAAUCGACCACUUCCGUUGCCAUAAUGCGUGAGAUUGUAGGCAACAAAAGGCUUUCUGACGUGUCGGACGAGGUGGCGGCCCCGCCCAAGCGCAAGAACCUCACCCAUGCUGUGAUGAGUGAGCGGUAUCACGCCGGCGGUGUGGUAGAGGGCGACUCUGUCACCGUCGCUGCUGCUCGUCAAGAGCUUGCCCGCAUCCAGAGAGAUCACCGGUCAUUGCGGCGUAAUGAUGAGGAGCCGAGUCAGACACCCCGACUGAGCGAGUUGCUUCGUCGGCAAUCUAAGGGCCGAGAGGAUGUCGAAGGAGACGACCAAAGUAGCGAUGAUGACCGGAGCAAUUCCCGCUCCGAGCCAGGCAUCGCAGUAGCAGAAGGGCCUGUACCGGAAGAGCCUAUCGAACAGCGAGGGAAGCGAGGCCGGCCUCGAAAACAGCCCCCUUCCGAUCCGACUCUUCGCCGUCCGCCUGGCCGACCACGGAUACAUCCCCUUCACAAUCCAGCUGCUCCUCGCCGCCCACGUGGCCGUCCUCGCCGUGUCACUCGUCCAGAACCUUCUCCAGCGCCCCUACGCAGCCAAAUUCGCCAUGGUCGCCCACCAAAGCCGAGACAACCAGUAGGCCGUCCUCGCAAAAUUCCGGUCAAUGACCCGCCGCCGGUCCCGCCCCGCGAUUUCAACGAACCGCCUCCUAAAUACACGGGCGAUCUGCAGGGAUCUCCGCUUUGCAAAAACGAUCUAAAGGCGGAUGGAGUUUGCAAACGCUGUCACCAAAAGGAUGACAAGAAGCGGGCUGACGAACCUUUCCUUUACUCCGCCGAGAACCACCUGGACUUUGGAGAGAUGCCAGACUCUCUACCCAUCCUCCAUCCCGCCGAAGAGAUGGUUAUCUCGCGGGUCCACGUUGCAGUCAACGUGUUUACGGUCCGGGGCCAGCAGUACAAAUAUCGCGGCCAUGUUGUUCAUUUCCUUCGCGACGUAGGCAAGGUCUAUGACGAACUUCCAUUGCUGCCCAAGGAUUUGGAUAUCGUGAUUCUGCGUCCGAGCGGUUCUGAAGCCGAUCCCGCGAUGGACCGACAGUUUCGCAAGCGAUUUCGCAUUCGCCGCCGAGUGGUGGCUACCUGGCUCCGUUUCCUGUCACGCAACCAUCCUGGCUACAAAGGCUUUCUCCUUAGCGAAUCAAAUCUAAGCCAGCUACCCGAAGACGAGUCCAUCUUCGAUCAACUUACCAUCCACGAAGUGAGCAGCUGGGAAGACCUAGAGCCCGACCAGGGCCCAGUCGACGGUGACAGGCCGGAGAACGAGGAUGGGCUGGGGUUCGAUGAAGCAGCUGUACCCAACGUGCUGGUCAAGGAUUCGGAAUUCGCCCUGCUGCAGGGCGGACUCGAAAACAACGGCCCGGAGAACCAAGAACGUCCUCCAAUGCAGCAGCAGCAACCGCGCGACGCUCACCACCUUCCAAUGCCUCCCAUCAGAUUCACGCCGAUCAGCGAGUUCAACCGGUCGCAGGCUCUGCUGUCGCUAGCAUGUCCCAGCCUCUACCCACGCGGUCUUGCUGAUUUCAACCAGCCGAGGCAACGCGCCAUCAGCUACUCGGAUUACUUGGCGCAUGCGAUGAAGUGGCAUGACGGGCGUUUUGCCCGCCAUCAUACCUUCCGUUACAUCGCAUUGAACACCCUCAUGCGGCAGCAGGCCUAUGGGCACAGCCGGUUCUACGUCAACAAGCAGCGGUCUACCGUCCUAACCAAGGCGGAGUUACAACAGGCACUGGAGAAUCCCGACCGUCCUGAAGCUCAGGCAAUCCUCAACCAGAUCUCCCGCUUUGCUGGGGCGAUUCAGGGUACGAGACCCUAUUGGUACCGCCGGCGCAGGGAGUGCGAAUCUUUCGCGCACUGUCUGGGCGUCCCCGGCGUAUUCAUCACGUUGAGCCCAGCCGAUCUGCACUGGCACGACCUCUACCGGCACAUGCCGGAAUUCGAGCGGUGGCAGUGUCGGUACGAAUGGCAAGGACGAGGCAGCAGUCAUAACCACGGGCUGUACUGGUUUGAAGAGGGCCCGCAGCAGGCUACCAGCACAGAUGAGGAGAGGGCGAGGUUCGCGCGUUUGUGGGGUUACCACAUCUCGGCGGAAAACCCCCAGCCCCAUCGGAUUGGACAAGGAGGUGAUGGCGGCAACCCACUGAACGUCGACGCACUGCAGACGGAAGUAACAUGGGACUGGCUGGAUCGCGUCCUCAACCGGUGCCAACGGCAUCAUUGCUCGUCCACCUACUGUUUGCGCAUCAACAAACGCGCGGCGGAACUGGCAGAGAAGAACGGCGAGCCGGGCCCCGAACCGGAAUGCCGGUUUCUGUUUCCCCGCCCGCAUCGAGAGGAAGCCGGCUUGGUUAGAAGGCCGGGCAAGACGUGGUGGUCGUUUGAGGCGGUACGGAACGACUCCCACAUGAACCAGUAUAACCGGCUCAUCACGCUCUGCUGGCUGGCCAACACCGACAUCUCGCCGUGCACCGGGAUCGAGGCGGUGAUCAACUACGCCGCCAAAUACUGCAGCAAGACCGAGACCAAGACCAGCACGUACGCCGAGAUCGCCGGGGCCAUAUUGCCACACGUCUCGGACAGGAACCCCAUGCUGUCGUUUGUUUCGAGGAUGAUGAACAAGUUAAUCGGCGAGAGGGAUUACUCCGCACAGGAGACGUGCCACAUCCUCCUCAAGCUACCCCUCUACCAGGACAGCCGCGUUAAUUCUCCGAAGCGGAUGAGGCUGUCCAGACGAAGAAGACGUCGUACGAGAAAUACCUGGAACGGCCUAGUGACAUGGAGGCGGUGUCGUAUUUCAGGUUCCUGGAGACGUGGAACUUCCAAUCGCCAAACCCGGGCAACUGGAGGGAAUGGCGCCCACCCGCUCGGCCCAGGGUGUUGUAUUACUUCCCGCGGUACACGCCGGUCCAUGGGCACGUACAGUUCGAGGACUUCUGCCGGGUCAAGCUUAUGCUGGCACAUCCCUCAUCGGGAAUGCGGCGGCUUUCUAACCCUCGACGGUACCCGUUUCUCAGGCUACGUGGCGGCAUACGAGCACUGCUUGGAGCACCAUGAACAUGAGGAUGACCACUACGGAGAGGCGGAAGCGCCGGAACCCGCGGCUGACGAGGACGAGUUCCGGGCUGUACCCUUCCAGGAAGAUAUCAGUCUCGAAGACUGGCAGGAGCUCGCACGCAUGGUGCCUGAGCUCCAACCAGAACACGAGGAGAUCGACCUACUGACUAGGCGAGAUAUCGACAUCAGGUACGACUGGCAUCCCCACGUCGGCCGGUAUAUCGAUGAACGGUUCGACAGCGGCAAAUACUGGGAUCUUCUCAAAGUCGAGCACCCCAGUAUGGCGGGAGAUGUUGAACACAUUCCUCUGAAGGCCCGGGAUACCCUCAACCGGGAACAGAGGAUCGUGUACGACACUAUUAUGGGCCACCUAGAACGGGAUAACGUACCGCCCAUCCUGUUGCAUGUUGACGGCGGCGGAGGCACUGGGAAGUCGUACAUGCGUGUUUUUGCGGGUGUACGUUACCUCGUCAUCGACGAAAAGAGCAUGCUGGGGCUCAAGACUCUGGGUUGGAUCGAUCGGCGGCUCCGCGAGAUUCUUUUCCGGAAGAAGAAUGACUUUCUUUUUUCGGGCGGAUUGAGCGUCAUUCUGAUCGGAGACUUCUUCCAGCUGCCGCCGGUGCUGAACAAGCCGAUCUAUGCCGAGUACGACAGGUUGAUGAAGGAGAUGGAGGUUGCUGGUCUCAAUGCCUACCGCGCCUUCGAGCACUCGGGUUUUCUUGGAAGACAAUCCAGCGGCAACAUGGGGCGGACCAGGCCGGUCUCCCGGUGCGCGUCCAAUCUCUCACCCAGAGUACAAGCCGGUUUCGCGAACGCCGUACGCAUUUAUCCGACGAGAGAAAAGGUGCGGUCUUAUAAUCAUGACCACAUGGUCGACCUGAACUCUCCGGCCCUCUACGUAGAGGCUACCCACCAAGGCGACGGGGCAAGUAAGGCCGAGUCGAAAGACGCCGGCAACCUGUCGAGCCGCUUCCCGGUAUGCAUCGGCGCCAGAGUGAUGUUGACCAGGAAUAUCUGGAACCCGGUGGGCCUGGUGAACGGCGCCCAAGGCACGGUACACGAUAUCGGCUGGGCGGAAGGGGCGGACCCCCUGCGGGAUCCGCCGUUGGUCAUCAUGGUGGCCCUCGACAAGUAUACGGGGCCGCCGUACUACACAAGAGACGUAGAGCUUCAGGACGGGCAGGGCAGGUUGGUGGUCCCGAUCCUGCAGGUGAGGCAAGACUUCACCCUGAAGAACAAGACGUGCAGCCGCACACAGUUCCCCCUAGUGGUCGCGUACGCUAUCACGGUGCACAAGUCCCAGGGGAUCACGCUGCCCAAGGUGGUGUGCGACAUCUCGGAGCGCGAGUUCGCUUCCGGGUUGUCAUACGUGGCCGUCUCCCGGGGCGUCGAGGCUGGACGGGGUGAUGUUCGACGUACCAUUCGACCGAAGCCGAGUGAACCGGGACCCGCCGACUGCUGCCAUGCAGAGGAAGCUGGCGGAUUACGAGAGGCGUUGGAAGGCUAG